CGCAGCGAAAUAGGCUUCCCUAUUCUGUAAAUACUUCUGAACUCUUGGCAAUUCGUUUCUUCGUCCUUAACCAAAAAUUGUUUUAUUAGAGGGUUUUUGUAAACAAUGGGCCGCUUAAGGAAAAGAUUCAAUGAGAAGGGCCGUCAGAGCGGCAUUCAGAAGAUGCUAAACCUGAAAAAGUCGCGAUUGCAUCGCUCUGUACGAGAGCAAGAUGAUGCGUCUUCUGAACAUCCAAAGCCCAUUCUUGAGGAACCUCAAACCACUGAUACAAAUGUGGAUGUCAUUACAGAUGAAGAUAGAAAAGCGAAAGAGGAGAGGAGGCGCCAAUUAAAAGAACAAUUGAUGAAGGAAAAUGAAGGUGCUCCCAUGUCUACAAAAAAGAAAAAGCGGUUAGACAAAUAUAUUGAGAACAAACUAAAAAAAGAAACUUCUGCUGCUUUAAUGGCAAAAAUCGCCGAGGAAAGCGUGGAUACAUCUUUAUUGUAUAGUACAAAAGACUUAGGAAAACCAAAAACUUCUAAGGAACGAUUGCAAAGGUCUUUGUUGGAGGAGAAGAAGGGCUUGCCAAUUUCCGAUCCUUCAAGCCGUCUCUAUACAUCCGUAGAAGUGAACGAAUCUCAACCGGAGACUUCAGAGCCAAAUGUACAAACUAUAUCCCAAAAUAAGAAUAUUCCUGGUACUGCUUUUGGAUUCGGAUUUUCCGCUACUUCUGUCCCUUCCGCCGCAACAACUACGGCACCUAUAAAAGUUCUUCCACCGAAACGCAAAAGAUCACUCCGUUGGGGAAAAAACGAAGAUUUUAGUGAUGCUAAUGAUUCUGAUGAACAAGAUUAUUUAAGCACCGAUAGUGAAGAAGAAGCAGAAGAAGAUGAUCAAGAAGAGACAGCUGAUUCAGUAUCCGAUAAUGAAGUGUCACCAGAAGUAAGCACCGCGGACAACGAUAAAGCUGAAAUUCCUAAUGGACACGUCGGAAAUGGUUUUAAAAACAAACCCGACAACAAGCAAUCGAUAGUUACCCAGCAUCCCGAUCUUCACAGUGAGGAGUUUGACCUGAAUUCAUCAGAAGAAGAAUUUAGCGCCGACGAAAGUGACGAAGAUCGUGAUAACGAAGCUUCUGAAAGAGCCAACAGAUUUAAAUCUUGGGCUGCUCAACAAGUUCUUCCCGGUGAUUCAUUCGAGCAUGAAAAGCAAGAAUCCGUAAUAUCAGCUCAAAACGACGAAAUUCGUCGCCGCAUAAGAAAUCCUAAAAAAUUAAAAAGGGUUGAAGACGAUUCCGAUGUUUUACCUGUUGGUGUUGACGAAGUGAAAAAUCGAAAGACAACUUACAGACUUGUAAAUCGCCCUCCAGAAAUUCAGGAAUCUAGACUUGCACUUCCAAUAGUUGCUGAAGAACAAAGCAUAAUGGAACAUGUAUUUGCAAAUGAUGUGGUAAUAAUAUGCGGUGCAACCGGAAGUGGUAAAACAACUCAGGUCCCUCAAUUUCUAUUCGAAGCUGGAUUUGGCUCUCCUGAAUCAGACACCCCAGGAAUGAUUGCUGUUACACAACCUCGUCGUGUAGCUGCAGUUAGUAUUGCUAAGAGAGUUGCCGAAGAACUCACGGGCUUUUCCUCUAAGGUUAGUCAUCAAAUUCGAUUUGAUAGCACUGUUAAUCCAGAGACAGCUAUCAAAUUUAUGACUGAUGGUGUAUUAAUUCGUGAAUUAUCGACUGACUUCUUGCUUACUUCGUACUCGGCUAUCAUAGUUGAUGAGGCUCAUGAACGCAGUGUUAAUACCGAUAUUCUAUUAGGACUCUUAAGCCGUAUUGUGCGUCUACGGAGAGAAAUGAGUGAGAAUGAUCCUAAUAUCAAACCUUUAAAGUUGUUGAUCAUGUCUGCUACACUUCGUGUCUCCGAUUUCGCCGAAAACAGACUACUGUUUGCUCAACCUCCGCCAAUUCUGAAGAUCGACGCUAGACAAUAUCCUGUCUCCAUCCAUUUUAACAGAACAACGAAGGCAAAUUACAUAGAAGACGCAUAUGAUAAAGUAUGUAAAAUUCAUAACCGAUUACCAGCCGGUGCUAUUUUGGUGUUUUUGACUGGUCAGCAGGAAGUAGAACAACUUUGUUCAAUGCUUCGAAAACGAUUUAAUCGAUCUUACAGGCCUCAACAAAGACAAAAUGGACGCGUUAAUAUUUCUAAAAAAGAAAUGUCAAUAGAAAAUGAAGAUGUUCAAUCCGACAACGAAGACGAUGAGAAAAACAUCUCUCCGAAAUUAGACUCAAUUGAACUUGACAAAGAGUCUGAGCCAAUGCAUAUUUUACCUCUUUACUCUUUGCUGACAACAGAAAAUCAGUUAAAAGUAUUUGAAAAGCCACCAGAGGGUCACAGAAUGUGUAUUGUCGCUACCAAUGUCGCUGAAACCUCUAUUACAAUCCCGAACGUCCGUUACGUUGUGGACUGCGGAAAAGCAAAAGAAAGAGUUUAUAAUGAACAUACAUCUGUUCAAAAAUUUGAGGUGUGUUGGAUUAGUAAAGCAAAUGCCGAUCAACGUGCAGGUCGUGCGGGCCGUACUGGAGCAGGUCAUUGUUAUCGGCUUUAUUCUUCAGCUGUAUAUGAUAGAGAAUUCAGCCAACAUUCUUUGCCUGAAAUUUUACGCGUACCAGUUGAAAGUAUUGUGCUACAAAUGAAGAGUAUGAACAUUGAUAAUGUUGCAAACUUUCCUUAUCCUACUCCUCCUAGUCGUGCAAACCUUCAAAAAGCAUUGCAUCUACUUUCAGUAUUGGGCGCUACUGACCGAGAAGGCAGGCUUACAAAACUUGGAGAACAAAUGUCUUUGUUUCCCCUGUCACCAAGGUUUUCAAAAAUGUUGAUUAUUGGCCAACAGCUUGGAUGUCUUCCUUUUGUUAUCGCAUUAGUAGCAGCACUUUCUAUUAAUCAACUGUUUGUAUCGAAACAAACACUUCUAUAUGAUGCUAAUAGAAAAGAAAGUGUUUCAGAAGAAACUGAGAAUAUUGAGAAUGAGGAUCUUAAGCAACGUGAAGAGCACAAAAACAGGUUACGUGGUUUCUAUAAUGCUCUUUACAAAUUUCAAGCUAUUGAUACAGAAUCCCCCGCGUUGAGAUACUUGAGUGCGGUUUGUGCUUACGACUAUGCCGCUGAUAAAGCUAGAUUUUGCAAAGAGAACUAUCUUCGUUCUAAAGCAUUAGAAGAAGUUGUCAGUCUCAGGAAACAACUUAUCAACCUUCUAAAAAGAUAUAUAUCAGAUUCCAACAACGAUUUUACCAAACUGCAAUUAAAGCCGCCUUCUGAUAUACAAAUAAAGGCAUUACGGCAAUUCAUAGCUUCUUCAUAUAUCGAUCAAAUUGCGUUCUACGACCAAGAGAAGGGAGGUUAUGUUACACUGUUUCCAUGUGGAGCUGAAACCGCACGGUUUGUUCCGGAUACUCCUCCAAACUUUCAACCUCAAUUUGCUGUGUAUCAACAUUUACAUGAAAGUUCUACUGGAAGAGUGUAUAUGGAACCUUUGACAUCAGUCACUGGUCAGCAGUUGGCUAGACUGGCCAAAAAUUCUAGUCUAAUUUCUUACUCUAAACCUUUGUCUUAUCCUCCUAUUCGCUACAUUGACGACGGCAUCAAACGAGAAUGUUAUGUUGUACCAGUCCUAAGUUCACAUACGGGUUCAGGAGGAGCUUCAUGGAAUCUUCCAGCCGAAAGGGUUAUACAGAAGCGAAUCAAUGGAAGAUGGGAAUUAACUCAGUAAUUCUUUUUGGUAUUGAUUAUUUAAUUUAAAGAAUGACUAAAAAAAAAGACUUGUCAUCUUUAGGAGUUAGAAUUCACGGAUUAAAACAAUUACAAUUUUGGAAUGGUUAGGUUUUGGGAUGAAUAAUAAUAUGGAUUUAUAUCUUUAAAAAAUGUAAAACAAUAAAC